CCUUUCAAUUCUUAAACCCCACCAGGGGCUCCUCACCUUCCCAAAAGCAAAAGCAGCAAGCAGAGCCAACUCCUUGCUUCUUUCAACCAUUUUUUCUCUUAAUUUUACUACUCUCAAACGCUGAAAUUUCAUAUUUUUUAUUUUUAAGUUGCUAUCGCGAGAAUGGAUGAAAAUUGCAGCAGAAAGCUUGUGGUUGAAGUAUGUAAUGCGAGAAAUUUGAUGCCCAAGGAUGGUCAGGGCACCGCCAGUGCCUACGUGAUCGUCGAUUUCGACGGUCAAAGGCGACGGACGAAGACCAAGUUUAGAGAUCUGAACCCGCAAUGGGAUGAGAAAUUCGAGUUCUUGGUCCUUGAUUCGGAGUCGAUGGCCGACGAAAGCUUGGAACUCAAUGUCUAUAACGAUAAAAAGACUGGUAGUCGGAGAGGCACUUUCCUUGGCAAAAUCAAGAUCCCCGGCAGUAGUUUUGCUCAGUCUGGAACUGAAACUCUGGUUUACUAUCCGUUAGAGAAGAGGAGCGUGUUUUCUCAGAUUAAAGGCGAGAUUGGAGUUAAAAUUUUCUAUGUUGAUGAGAAUCCGCCGGUUUCUGAAGCAUCGGCGCCGUCGGAGGAGAAAUCUGAGGUCGCGCCAUCGACGGCUGCGACAGAGGAGAAAUCUGAGGCCGCGUCAUCCCCGGCGGCGACGGAAGAGAAGAAGAUAGAGCAAAAAGCAGAGAACCAAGAAGGAAAAACAGAGGAGAAGAAAGAUGAAAAGGCAGAGGACGAGAAAAAAGAGAAAACAGAGGAGAAGAAAGUGGAAGAAGGAAAAUCCAUAGAGGAAUCCAAGGCAGAAGAGAUGCUGGCAGAAAAAUCGAAAUCAGAGGAAGCUCAAGCGCCGCGGCCUCCUCCGACUGAGGUGGAGCUUCUUCAGGUGACGCGCCCGGAUCUCGGCGUGAAAGACAUGAAGUUUCGAUCACUGGCAGACGAUCGGAGCCGCAGCGGAUAUGAUCUCGUCGAUUGCAUGCCGUUUCUGUACGUACGAGUUGUAAAGGCCACAGGGGUAAAAGAGGAAGCUGGAUCCUCAGCAUUUGCGAAGCUUGUGGUCGGAACUCGCACCAUUCGAACUAAAAGCCAAAGCGGCAAGGAUUGGGAUCAGGUCUUCGCUUUCGACAAAGAAGCCUUGAACUCCACGUCCUUGGAGGUGUCCGUUUGGACGGAGAAGAAGGACGCCGAUCCGGGUACGGAAACUUCUUUAGGAACGGUGUCGUUUGAUCUGCAGGAAGCACCGAAGCGAGUGCCGCCGGAUAGUCCACUCGCUCCGCAGUGGUACACCCUGGAAGGAUCGCCGGGGGAAAUUGACGUAAUGAUUGCUGUGUGGUUUGGGACUCAGGCGGACGAAGUGUUUCAGGAGGCCUGGCAAUCGGAUUCCGGCGGGUUGCUACCGGAGACCCGAGCCAAGGUUUACCUGUCCCCGAAGCUGUGCUACUUGAGACUAACGGUCAUCCAGACCCAAGAUUUGCAGUUGGCUUGGGUAUCCGAGCCUAAGGUGCGGGGCCCAGACCUGUACGUGAAGGCCCAGCUGGGCUCUCAGGUUUUCAAGACGGCUAGAACGUCUCUCUGCUCAUCCAGCUCAGCUAAUCCAACGUGGAAUGAGGACAUACUGUUCGUGGCAGCCGAGCCGUUCGAGCCGUUUCUGGUGGUAUCGGUGGAGGAUGUGACCAACGGACAGCAAGUGGGCCACGCCAAGAUCCACGUGCCCAGCGUUGAUAGGAGGAUAAGCGAUGAAACAGAACCAACAUCCAGAUGGUUCAACCUAAUUUGCGGCGAGGGCGACCGUUAUGCAGGAAGGAUACACGUGCGAGCGUGUCUAGAAGGGGGAUAUCACGUGCUGGACGAGGCCGCGCACGUGAGCAGUGACGUUCGAGCAGCGGCAAAACAAAUAGUUAAACCUGCAAUCGGAUUGCUGGAAGUUGGAAUCCGCGGGGCCACCAACUUGCUCCCUGUGAAAACAAAAGAUGGCACUCGUGGGACCACCGAUGCUUACGUGGUGGCGAAAUAUGGACCCAAGUGGGUCCGUACGCGCACGAUCCUCGACCGGUUCAAUCCGCGAUGGAACGAACAAUACACCUGGGAUGUAUACGAUCCCUGCACCGUUCUCACACUGGGCGUGUUUGAUAACGGAAGAUACAAGCAAGAUACACCUGGCACUGGCAAGGCGGGUAAAGAUCUGAGAAUCGGGAAGCUACGUGUACGGCUGUCGACGCUCGACACAAAUCGGGCGUACGUAAAUUCAUAUCCCCUUACAGUGCUGCUUCCGGGGGGGGCCAAGAUGAUGGGUGAAAUUGAAAUAGCCGUGCGAUUCACGUGCCCCUCGUGGCUUAGCCUCAUUCAAGCGUAUGCUACCCCGGUGCUCCCUAAAAUGCACUACGUACGCCCGAUGGGUCGGGCGCAGCAAGAUGUCCUGCGCUACACGGCCAUGAGAAUUGUCACGAGCCGACUCGCCCGGACCGAACCAGCGCUGGGUCAGGAAGUGGUUCAGUUCAUGCUGGAUUCCGAUACGCACGUGUGGAGCAUGCGGAAAAGCAAGGCCAACUGGUUCAGACUCCUAGCUUGCUUGUCGAGGGCAGCGAGCUUCGCCCGGUGGCUCGACGGGGUGCGGAAGUGGGUGCACCCGCUCACCACGGUUUUGGCGCACGGUUUACUCUUGGCUCUUGUGUUUUACCCGCAUCUGCUGCUGCCUACAUUGUUCAUGUACGCCUUCUUGAUCUUGGCCCUACGAUUCAGAUACCGACCCAGGGCCCCACUCAGCAUCGACCCGAGACUGUCCUACGUGGACGCUGUGGGGCUUGACGAGCUUGACGAGGAGUUUGACGGGUUCCCGACCAAUCAACCUUUGGAUCAAGUUCGGGUCCGGUACGAUCGGUUACGGGCGCUGGCGGGUCGGAUCCAGACCCUGCUUGGCGACAUUGCGGGCCAAGGCGAGCGACUGGAGGCUGUGUUCAACUGGCAUGACCCAAGAGCCACCGGGAUAUUUGUUGUCUUCUGCCUGUUUGCGUCGUUGAUGUUUUACGCGGUGCCGUUCAAGGCUUUUGCGUUGGGGUCGGGAUUGUACUACUUGCGCCACCCGAGGUUCCGCGGCGACAUGCCGUCGAUUGCGCUCAACUUUUUCCGGCGACUUCCGUCAUUGGCGGACCAAAUUCUGUAGAUGUGCUGGAGCCGGGGUUCACUAAUUUUAAUUCCUGGUGCGAGUCAGUGCAAUAUUUUCUUUUUCUCAUUAAUUGUUUGUUUUCUAAAAUUUGGUUAUAUGAAAGAUGUGAAAUGAAUUUGAUUUCGCCACCAA